AGACAAGGACAACCGCAGCAACAACAACAGCGACAACAAUAGGGGGUAGGACAGCCAACCCCCAGGACCGGCGAGAGAUCACACCCCCACAAGGGCAGACGGGCACCGGGGGCCACACACCAGCAGGCCCAGAGACCCUCGCAACCGGAAAGGAGCCCGCCGACGGCGAAAGCGCCAGUAACCCACGCCACCCGUACCCCCAGGAAACGGAGCCCGGCACCAGCCCCCACAGAGCAAACCCCUGUGUAACCCCUAUAAAAAAAAAAAAAAUAAAAAAAAAAAUAAAUAAAUAGAUUAAAUAAAUAAAAGCACACACACGCACACUCACACACCAUGGUCAACUGCCCGAUACCUAGAAGCGUCGUCGCCGGUGCAGCGGAGUGGGGGACCCAGGGGUCCCAGACCCACAACCCAGAUCCUGAGCCACGGAGAACGCGGACCACUAGGGAGCAAGAAAACCCCAGACCCCCGCCAUCCCAACGGCAGGACAAGGAGGAAAGCCAGAGAAUGAGCAAGCGGGUGGGCAGACGGGCGAGCAGCAGGGCAACCCACCACACAGCGCCAGCCGACUCCCACGGGGCAGCAAAUCCCCGCAGAAGGAGUGCCGCACCCCCAAGCCGCAGGGAGGCCAUGCACCAGAGCUGAGAAGGCGGGACCAGCACCAGACCAGCUGCCGGACCCCACCAGCGGCCAGAAGCCAGACCACCCACCCGACCCCAGAACUGACGGCGCACCACCCGCGCACCGGAGCACCACCCCCAACAAGCCCGCAGACGACCCAGGGGAGGCAAAGACACAGACAGCGGACCAGUAAAGCACAAAGACCGGCAGCGACAAAGGCCCAAGCGCCCGGCAGAGCACCCCCACCCCAGAGCACUUAAUUUCUCUUUAAAACAAAAAGAUUUGUACUAAUUUGACAGGCUUAUAUUAAGGUAUUAUUAUUUUCUGGUCUAACUGAUAUCAUGCACUCUGCAUGGUAUUAUAUAUUAUAGUAUAUUUUUAAACUAACUUUCCAAUUAAAAAAAAGAUUUGACUACUUUGAUAGGCUGAUGUAUUAUUUUCUGCUUUAAUUGAUAUCAUGUGCUGUGCAUUGCAGUUGGAGGGGAUUUUCUGAUAUUUAAUUUGUUUAAAUUGCCUAUGCAUGGUAUUAUUUUUGCUUUUGUAACGUUAUCUUGAGGUGGAGGGGAUUUUCUGGGUAUUUUUAAUUUGAAAAAAAAAUUGUGAACAAUGUGACAUACUUUUUAUUACGGUAAAUUUCUAAUUAAAAAAAAAUACAUUUUUACUAUUUUUUUUUUAAGUUAUCAUGAGUUGGAGGGGAUUUUCUGGAUAUUUUAAAUAUUUUUUUAAAUGAAUCUAUUCUUGAAUAAUGAAUGACAUUUUUUAACUUCAUUUCAUUAAAAAAAAAAGAUUAGUACUAUUUUAUUCUACUAUUAUUUUACUAUUUUAUUUUUGGCUUGUUGUCAUCAUUAUCAUUGAUAUCGCACGUUGUGCAUGGUAUCAUCUUUGCGUUUGUAGCGUUCUCAUGGGGUGGGGGGCAUGUGACGCUCACCUGUCACAUCGGCGCUCCCUUCGGGGCUCCGCUAACCUUUUUAAGCCACUUGAAAGUGUCCAUCUUGUUUGUGCAUCCCAUAAUUGGCAGGCCACAAUUAGGUUGUUUGUCGCCCGGAGGUCAGAUAGGAGCACAUGAAGUGCUUUAUGGCCGCAGACGUUUGCUGUGAAGGUCAGAGGAAGUUCUGUGAUAUCUGCUCAACAAUGGCAGCAUCAUCUUCUUCCAAAAAGAAGAAGAAGCGAUGGAGGGAGCAAUCACAGUCAGCUGAUUCUCGUUGAUAUUGUCCAUGGGUUGGAUGUGGAUCAAAUUGGGUGCGGCUGAUGUGCAGAAUCAUGUUUGAGCACCCGAGGGGCCUCAAAGUAGACAAUUGAAUUAGGCAGAAGAAAUAAUGGCAUUAGGUGGGAUAAAAACAGACAAAUGGUAAGGGAGGAGUCUCUUAAAAAGCAGCAGGAGUGGACAGAGUGGACAAGAUGAGUAGGAGAUACUGACCCACUUGGCGUGAGAGAAGAUCAUGAGGAUCCUGAGCAAAGACCUGCGCCUGCAGGACGUCACCAUCAUGUACUUCACCGCGCUGGCCGCCCUCAUGGUCAUCCUGGUGGCUUCCUACCAGGCUCCCGCCGCCGUCGGUGUGGUGGAGCUGGCCCGGUCCAAACCCCAGCCUUCGCCCGCUCUCCCCAUGCCCUUCCGGGUGCUGCUGGACCCGCUGGGGGAGCUGAAGCUGGCGUGGAACGUCAGCUACGAGCGGCAGGAGGUGACCAUGGAGCUGAAGGUGGCCCGGCUCAAGCACGGCGUGGUGCUGGGUAUGUCGGAGCGAGGCCAGCUGACCCGCGCUGAUCUGGUGGUGCUGUGGGACUCGGGAAGCAAAAGCUACUUCGGGGACGCAUGGAGCGACAGCGAGGGACAUGUGACCCUGGACAGCCAGCAGGACUACGAGCUGAUGGAAGCCAAAUGGACGUCUGAAGGUUUCUACUUGCUGUUCAAGAGAGCUUUUAGUACCUGCGACCCCAGAGACUACCUCAUUGAGGAGGGAACAGUGCACAUCAUCUACGGACUGCUGGAUCAACCACUUGCCUCCUUGGAGCGGCUCAACCUGUCAGGCAUCCACACGGGCCUCCAAAGGGUCCUGAUGCUCCGCCCUGACACGCCGCCGCCCACGCUGCCUCCCGACGUGCAAACGCUGGACGUGGUGGCGCCCGACGUGGUCAUCCCCGGCGAGGAGACCACCUACUGGUGUUUCAUCCACAAGCUGCCGGAAAACAUGGCCAAGAACCACAUCGUCAUGUACGAGUCGGUGGUGACGGCAGGCAACGAGGCCAUCGUGCACCACAUGGAGGUGUUUGAGUGUUCCCCGGAUGUGAGAGACGUCCCGGACUACAGCGGCUCCUGUGACGACAAGAUGAAGCCGGGCAAGCUGAACUCCUGCCGCCACGUGCUGGCCGCUUGGGCCAUGGGCGCUGAGGCCUUUUACUAUCCUCCUGAUGCAGGACUGCCUAUGGGGGGAUCUGGUUCCUCAAGGUUCCUUCGUCUGGAGGUCCACUAUCACAACCCUCUCCUUAUAUCUGGCAGACGUGACUCAUCGGGGAUAAGGUUGCACUACACCCCCAGUCUGAGGCGCUACGACGCCGGGAUCAUGGAGCUGGGCCUGGUCUACACUCCCAUCAUGGCCGUCCCGCCUAAGCAGCACACCUUCUACCUGAGUGGCUACUGCACCUCCAAGUGUACACGCACUGCUCUUCCUCAGGGGGGGAUCUUUAUCUUUGCAUCACAGCUGCACACACACUUGGCGGGCCGGGGGGUGCGGACGGUCUUGGUGAGGGGAGGCGAGGAGGUGGAGGUGGUGCAGGAGGACCAACACUUCAGUACACACUACCAGACGAUCAGAGUCUUGAGGAAAAUGGCCAAAGUUUUACCGGGUGAUGUCCUCGUAACGAAGUGUACUUACAACACCCAGGACAGGGACAAGCCGACUGUGGGUGGUUUCGGCAUCAUGGAGGAAAUGUGCGUCAACUACGUCCACUACUACCCUCGCACUCAGCUGGAGCUGUGCAAGAGCCACGUGGACCUGGAACACCUGCAGAGAUAUUUCAGCUUCAUUAACAGAUUCCAAGGAAAGGAUGAGUGUGUGUGCGGGGAGGACAGUGUGACGGCGCGGUAUUCCAGGCUGGAGUGGGACAGCUUCUCCACGCAGGUGCUGGACUCGCUUUACAAGACGGCGCCCAUCUCCAUGCACUGCAACCAAUCCACCGCCCGCCUCUUUCCUGGCGACUGGGACAAGCAGACGCUGCCGACGGUGACCUCCGUCCUCCAAAAACCUCCUUACCCAUGUGAGGUUGGGUCGCGCCCCACCGCUCGCCCUGCCGCAGGCCUGGUCUGAGCCCGGCUGCAGGGGACGAGGGGGGAGGGGGCAAGGUUGCAGUGUAGUCCCGUGAAUUGUCACAAUUAGCACUCAUGCUUAAGCGGUGAUUGGUGCCUUCCUCAAAACAAAAAAAGAGAAACUAUUUGGGCAAACAUAAAAAAACUACUGUGAAGACAUUUUUUGUAGUGUUUUUAACAGUAAAUAUUUACU